CUUCUCUACUUUUCCUUCUUUUCUGUUCUUCCUUUGGAAAUCAUCUGUGAAUUUUUUAAUGCUUCAUACCUAUCGUAUUCCGUUUCACGUCAACAAACUUAUGGGCAUUAUUAACGACAAUAAGAAUAGCAAAUUUACUGCUUCUGACGUCUCAAACUCUGGUAGAAAAAGUCAUCAUUUCAAUGUUGGAGAAGAUGAAUUUAGAGCUCUGAGAGAAGCUUUCCAGUUAUACGAUACAAAGCAGAAAGGCUACAUAUACCGAAAACAGUUCACCUCCAUCUUAUGCAGUCUUGACUUUCUUAGCAAAGAAAAACUUGCUCGUUACUUGGUUGAAGAUAUCCAAGGCAGCAACGAGAAUGAUACAAUAAAUUUUGACCGAUUUGCAGCUACUUUAAUCGAGCUCUUACCGAGUGAUGACAAUAUCACUUUCUUUGAAACACCUAAUAUUAACAAACAGAAUCAGCUUUCACAACAACAUUAUCAUUCUUCCUUUGACGAGAAAUUAUUCUUGAAGCAUGAGCAGGAGGAGAAAUUGAUAAAAGAUAUAGAAACUGAAGAGAUUAAAGCAUGCUUCCAAGUGUUUGAUCUUGACAAAGAUGGACGCAUUAGUCGAAAAGAUCUAGAGCAAAUUAUGGUACGACUAGGCAGUCCACUUACACAACAAGAACUGAAGGAUAUGAUGACUUUGGGAGAUAAGAACAAGGAUGGAUUCAUCGAUUUCGAAGAAUUCAAGCAACUAUUGCCAUAAACGUAAAUCGUACACUUUAAUGAUCAUUUCAAGUAUACUAUUUGUCGAAUUAUUAUACCGGUGCUCAUUUUCAAGAACACCAUUAACCUGUUUGUUAAGCAGCUAAUACCAUAUACCCCUACUCUUCUUUCGCCGAAUUCGUUUAUUGUCGAACUUUUGAAAUUGAACAAUAAAAAAUUGUUGAUCAGCGAUUAAGUAAGCGAACAUUAUUGUGCAACAGUUCGAAUGAAGCUUUUUUUUGACGCAAGCUCAAAGAAUUCUCAGCUCUCAGAAUUCUACCUUCGAG